CCUGGCUGCAAGCAACUGAGUGCUGUCCUUCCCUUGGGCUCUGUAAGCCUGCAGUAGAAUGACAAAAAUGGGAAUUCUUGUCUCAGCUGUAGCGUUUUAGGCCCAGAUUUUGGCAAAGAUGUCAGAACUUUUCCCAGAAUGGGAACUGUUUCUGAGAAGCAGACAGAUGCUUCAACAGCACUGCCAGUACUGCCAGCAAUGACAGCAUUCCAGUGCAACCAGUUCCACCUGUAUCCCUCUCCAGCUGGAGGGACAUUGACCCAUCAGUGAAGAGAAAUAAGGAGUUGUAGAAACCUGCUGAGAGAGGGAAACAGUUUGAGAAUGGGACACUCUGCAGGGAAGGAGUGUUUCUAAUGAGGAGGAAAUGAGGAGCCAUUUGCAAAAUAUUUCAUUGGGAGCUUUUCACAAAAGCCAAAUCCUUUGUGUCAAAAAAAAAAAAAAAAUUCAAGAUAAAUAACUCUAAGGGAGUGGAGCUCUGACAUAGGCAAAGGAGCAAACAACUCCCAACUGCCCUAUGACCCCACCAAGCCUUGCAAGCAGCAUUGCAAUAGGGAACAGAGAUCAGCUGGUGAGAGAAGAGGGGGAGCUCCUGGUGACCUGGGCACUUUCUCCUUCAUGUCCCUGACCUGCCAGGAGCCGCUUUAGGACAUGGAUCCCAAAGGAGCAAGAGGUACCAGGAAGCGCCGCUGAUCUGCACAGACCCCUUUGCCUGCUGCUGCCCCACAGGGAACAGGUCAGUGGAAUGUUUUCCUUCCUCCCUACCCCACCUUCCUCUCCUCCAGCAGCUGCUCUGUUCCUGCCACCCACUCCCGGUGACUGCAGUGCCUCACCCAGGUCCCCCUCCUCUGUCCUGUUCUUCCCCUCUGCAUCUCAUGCUCAACAUCCCAAUCCUUCCAUUUCCUUCUCCCACCCCAAAAUUUCCACCUCCCUCCUCCUCUACACUUCUCCCCACUGAAUCCUUCCCACUGCAGGGAGCUGCUGAGGAGCCACAUGGUCCACCCCUGGAUUCUCCAAGCACUGAAUCCCCAUCCACUCUGACCACAGCCUGGGGCUACAUCCCACUGCCUGCCCAGCGUCCAUCCAUGGAGGUGACCACUUUGUUCCCCCCUGCCACCUCACCCACUGAGGGAGACGAUCUCUGUGAGACAGAUGUCACCGAUGUGUCCAUACACAGUGUGACACUGCUCAUCUGCCUCUGUGGGCUGGCUGGGAACGGGGCUGUCAUCAGCCUCCUCAACCUGAAAAGUGGCAACUAUGGCAUCUUUGACCUGGCUCUUGCCGACUUCCUCUUCCUUCUCCUCACAGUCCCCUCUGCCCUCCUCUUCCUGGUGGAGGACAUGUCCUGCUCUCCUGUCAUGCCCCUGCUGUACCUGAGUUUCCUUUUCCAGCUCUCAGUGGUCUCCCACUACUGGGGGCUGUUCCGGCUGACAGCCCACAGCUUAGGAAAGGAUGUGGCCUCACUCUGCAAGCUCUGCUGCUGCUGCCAACUUCCCAAGCGCCUGAUGUGGGUGGUGUGGAGAGCCAAAUACUGGGUCUUUUUUGCUCUCUUCACUGUCAUUCCUGCAGCGACAUUCUUGUGCCCGUCACACGAGCAGAAGCACUGCCGGGCAGCUCUCAUCUCCAUGUACACCAUCAUCCUGCUCCUCUUUGUUGCACCCGUGGUCAUUUCCCGCACAAUCCUCCUCAUUAAUGCCAAGUGGGGCUCCCAGCAGCAGCAACCCAAGAGGCGUGACAUCGUUAUCAUCCUCAUUGUGCUCCUUACUCUCCUUCUCAUCCUCUGCAAUUUCCUGCAGCAGCUUGGUUACAUCACUGUGUCCUCCCAGGUUGUUUUCCUGCUCACCUGCAUCCACAGCACCAUCAAACCCUUCAUCUACUUCUUGGCAGGGCAGUGCUGGAGGCCCUGCUCCAUGCGGUCCCUCCGGCUCACCCUCAACAGUGUCUUUGAGGAGCAGAAAGAAAAAACUGCCUGCAGAAAUUAUGUCCCCAGCCUGCUGACCCCUUCCUGCUCUGCUGAAGGACCCCAGGAGAGUGGCUGAAGGUUUCCUUGACUCACCUGAUGAAUAAAUAUCCAUGGGAUCACCCUCUCUGUGGUGGUAAAUUCCUGCAGGACAAGUGAGCACAGGCAUUGCCUUGGGUGAUUUUUGUGGGAUGCACUGCAGGGAGCACUCCCAUGGAGCAUGGCUUUCCUCCCCCUUCUGGAUCCACAUGGCUCCAAGCAGCGCAGCUGGGCUCAGUGCUGUUCCCCAGCUCUAUUCCCCAUGGAAUGACCCUCAUGGCCUCAGCCCCAGGGAAUGAACUCCAUCUCCUUGGGCUCAGCAGAUGAGUUUCAUGGUCUUUUCAAGGAGCUCUUGCCUGCAAAGAAUGGGCCACUUUAAUCCCUGGGGACACACCCAGCACGGGGUGGCAGUGAUUUCCCAAAUCCCUGUGGGGCUGGUGCCUCUGGAUGGCAGGAGAGGGGUUGGGAUCACAGGGAGCAUCCUUCCCCUUCUGUCUUUUCUUUAAAUUUUUUUUUAAGCUUUGGAGUUUUUCUAAUACAAGUACUCUGUUCAUGCUGAAAGUUGUAACGCUGAUCUCUGACCAUUGUGGGCAGUCACAACCCGAAGCGUUGCACAAGCUCCGGGAAGGCAGGACGGAGGCGGAGCUGUGUUGGAAAAGCGGAAUGUGUCUGAAUGUGGGGGAUGGAUUACCGGGGUGUGGCUGACCAAGAGGGUACAAAUCCUGAUACUAUUUUGCGCGGUGUGCCUCUGGCCGCGAGUGGGCACCGAGCACUGUUCCUUUUACCUUGUUCCUUGUUGUAGUUUAAUAAAUUUCUAAAAAUUUUAAGAAGU